AUCUCUUCAAAGCAUCUAUUUUUUUGCUCAUUUUCCAGGAAAGAUACAAGUGAUCAUCUUCGUAAAUACUACAGUGAAGACUUUGUCUUACAACAUGAUCUUCUUAGAGAGCUAGCUGUCCAUCAGAGCAGCCAGGAGCCAAUAGAACAAACGAAAAGACUAAUUAUUGACAUAAGAGGAAACAAUCUUCCCAACUGGUGGAUGGAGAAGCGGCAACCUAUCAGCGCACACCUCUUGUCUAUCUCAACUGAUGAAAUGUUCUCAUCAAGUUGGUGCAAUAUCGAACCAUCCGCAGUUGAGGUUCUAGUUCUGAAUUUUCAAACAAAGAAUUACAAGUUACCCGAGUUUGUGGAGAAAAUGUAUAAAUUAAAGGUUCUGAUUGUCACGAAUUAUGGUUUCUUUCAUGCUGAGUUAGGUAAUUUUCAGUUACUUGAGUCUGUACCCUAUCUAGAGAAAAUCAGAUUAGAGAAGGUUUCAAUUCCUUCACUUUGCAAGGACCCAAUACAAUUGAGAAGUUUGAAGAAGAUAUCCUUGUUUAUGUGUAAUAUAGGUCAGGCUUUUAGGAACUGUACUAUCCAGGUUUCAGAUGCAUUGCCAAAUCUAAUGGAGAUAAACAUGGACUAUUGUAAUGAUCUUGUUGAAUUGCCUGUUGGGCUUUGUGAUAUUGUUUGUCUUAAGAAACUUAGCAUCACCAAUUGUCAUAAGCUGUCUGCACUGCCUGAAGAGAUAGGAAAGCUGGAAAAUUUGGAAGUGCUAAGGCUGAAGUCCUGUACUGAUUUGCCAGAGUUGCCAGAGUCAAUCAGAAGCCUUCAUAAGUUAAGCAUUCUUGACAUAUCUGACUGCCUAAGCAUUAGGAAGUUGCCAAAACACAUUGGUGAGUUGCAUAAUUUGAAGAAGCUCCACAUGGAAGGGUGCUUGAGAUUGCGUAAUCAUUUUCCACCAUCGACUUGGGAUCUUGAUCAGUUAGAGCUUGUGACAUGUGAUGAAGAGAGGGCCAAGUUAUGGGAGCCUGUCAAGGACUUCCUGACCAAUCUACAGGUAGAGGUGGUUGGAAAAGAUAACAACUUGAAUUGGCUUCCCCUACAAGAUUUCUGAGAACUGUUUUUGUUUGGAAAAUGCGGAAGGUAUGAUAAAGUAUCUGUAGAAUGGUGUAAUCUGUAGAACAUGAUAUAAUUGUUGAUGAGAUUUAAUGAGUUUCUGCAGAAUAUAAUGGAAAAUUCUGCAGAAGGUUAUUAGAGAUAUUUGUUGUUCUGGUUGUGUGGUUGUUUGGGGAAUUGUGGUGAUAGUGAUCUAAUUGGUCUUGCUACUAUCUGAUGGAGAGUUGGAAGAGUUAAGAAUGGAAUGGUAACGUUGUUUGAGAUUCAAUGAUUUCUGGAGUUAAAAUAAAUUUCUGCAGAAGAUUGGAAAAGACUACUGAUGGAUGCAUAUUACUGCUAGUUGCCAGAUUUUUGUUUCUAUGACUGUUUUCUGUUGCUGGUUGUACAAACUACGAAGUGCAUGUAUGGCUGUAUAGGGGCUUGUUGGGAUAGUGUUUGUUACCAUCUGAGGUCUCUUUGUGUUUCAACUGCUAUGCUGAAGAGUUGUAAUUGCUUGUUUUGUUAAUGGAAAGCUUAUUUAUUAAAAGAAUAAGAUGGCAGGAUUAAGUAUAGCA